UAUAUAUCGUGUCCACACAUUUGAUGCCAACAAAAAAAUUAAUUUAGUUUUGACUAAAACUAAUGUAAUCAUCAAAAUAAUUGCCAAAAAAUUAUUAUUAUUGUGUCCACUGUUGUUGUUGUUGCGCGGGGGGUAUUGACCAUCGAUGAUGAUAAUAACAAUAAUAAUAAUAAGUGACAUCAUCACCAUCAACAACAGCAACAUAUGAUCCGUUAAUACCUAAAAACAAUGGACAACUCGUUUGGAAGUACCACUUCUUCGUCAUCGACAGCGACAACCGAUGCAUUGCUAAUGUCGUUGAUGUCGGCGGCCAAGAGUUACGAUUAUGUAUUGAAGUUUUUAUUGGUCGGCGAUUCGGAUGUCGGCAAAGACGAAAUACUGAACAACUUGGACGAAGACAAUUCGCCGCUGUCGUCGACCAGCGAACCGUCGUUUGGCCGAAAUCCGGGUGUCGGCUAUAAGACAACCAAUAUAUUGCUGGACGGCCGACGUAUUCGCUUACAGGUUUGGGACACGUCUGGUCAGGGAAGGUUUGAAACGAUAUUCCGGUCCUAUUCGAGAGGAGCUCAAGGAGUCAUAUUGGUAUACGAUAUAACCAAUCGGUGGUCGUUUUCGGGUCUCAAUCGUUGGCUCAAUCAAAUUGAAGAGCACAUUCCAGGAGUGCCUAAAAUCUUAGUCGGAAAUCGGCUUCAUUUGGCAUUUAAACGACAGGUCAGCGAAUAUACGGCUCAAACCUAUGCCAACAAACAUAAUAUGACAUUCUUCGAGAUUAGUCCGCUCUGUAAUUACAAUAUUAGAGAGACCUGUGCUCAGUUAUCUCGAAUGGCUCUUCAGCGGAACGGUAUGGAGAAUAUAAUGAAAAUGAAUACCGUUCCAUCACUGCAAGAACUCUGUUGUCGGGCAAUUGUCACCCGAACGACAACCUAUAGUAUUGAACGACUGCCGCUACCGAAAUCAUUGAAAUCAUGUCUGGUAUCGUUCUCAUCGGUGGACAACAGAAUAUGGAUACCAUCGCGACAUCAGUAUAUGUCGCCAAAAGAAAAGAAAACCAUUGCCAAGAAGGCUAAAGCCUUUUUCUCGUGCGAUAACCUAACAAAAGCAUUGUCCACGACAUCCAUUGCGUACAAUACUACUGCAUCCAUUGCUCAUCCGUCGACGUCCACUAAUAAUCGGUCAUUUAGUGGACGACCCGCUGCCGCUCAUCACCACCGAUCAGAUCAUCACCGCAACAACAACAGCAACAAGCACUGCACCAUUUCCUAGUCCUUCACCACCAUUGAUAUCGUAACAAAUAUUUUACUCAAACUUUUUUUUAAAAAAACCGAAACAAAACUUUUU